AUGUUGGCCGAAAUCGAGGAACGUACCAGAGAACGAGAUGCUGCGAAAGGCGAACUUGAUAUGGCCAAAGAUACCGCCCGCACGUAUUACCAACGUAUGGUCCAAGCGGAGUCAGACAGAUCCCACCUCCAGACAUCCACGGAUUGUGACCGAUUCCUGCUUGUCCUGAUUGAUGGUGACAGCAUGCCGUUUCUUGAUGAAUUCCUGUCGAGAGGCAUGGAGGGUGGCGAGGCCGCUGGAAAGCAUCUCCGAUCUUCAGUUCUCGAUUAUUACAAAACGAACCCCAAAUUCCACGCUGACGAUCGUGUCAUCAUCCGUGUUUAUGCUAAUGUGCGUGGUUUGAGCCGUACCCUCAAAGCUGCCAAAAUCAUCUCCGAUGAGUCGACCUUUGACCAGUUCAUCGCUGGCUUCAAUAAAAGUCACCCGCUGUCCGAUUAUGUCGAUGCUGGUGUACACAAGGAGGCUGCUGACUCCAAAUUGAAAGGUCUACUCAAAGCAAACUUCGAGCUCUUCUACCGAAAUCGACACUGUCAGCAUAUCUUCUUCGGAGGAUCUGCAGACAACAGCUAUGCAGGCUUUCUCAGCCCUUAUACACUUCCUGGAGGUAUCAACGAUCGCGUCACCUUGGUCGAAGGCCCGCCAUUCGCUUAUGAUCUCCGAAAAGUUGCACAAGGGUUCGAUCGAGUGUCGUUGACCACGGUAUUCAGGACGGCAAAAAUACAAGUCGUCAAUGGUACCCAAGCCGUUGCUGGAAUCAAGAGACCUGCUCCUGCGAGCUACGGCUCUGGCCGACCGACUCCAAGUUCAGCUUCGACGCCCGCAGACAACAGAUCUUCAUCACCUCCGACCACGCCUAAUGUGUCACCCAUCAUUUACCAGAAUCAAUAUGGCCAGCGCCUUGAUAUACCGCUGAGCUACGACAAGGAAUACCUCAAGCUUCUUUACGACAAGAAUUCGAAACUGUGCAACAACUUUUAUUUGCGAGGCAACUGUCCCUUCGGGUCUUCCUGUGCAUGGGACCACUCUCAAAAGUUGAGCCAAACCCAGCUUGACACGCUGCGAUACAAAGCCAGGACUUCCAACUGCCGCAAUCCUUUCUGUACAGAUCCCACCUGUUGCCUAGGCCACAUGUGUCCGCGGGGAAAUGCCUGCAGUCUUCCAAAUUGCAAGUUCCUCCCAGAGAUGCACAACAUUGACGUCAGCCGCCUGUACGAGUACAACACGGAAACGCAGGAGAAGAAAGAAUUGAAGCCUUCCUAG